AGACUAUCUCGUGCAUUUUCUCUAACACCCACUUUCAUCAUGUCCUCCCUCACAACAUCCAUCAACCUUUUCUUUGGUUUUCCUCCUGCUCUUUUGCCUGGCAGCUCCAUCUUCAGCACCCUUCUCCCAGUAUACUCAUUCUCUCGCCUCUGAACAUGUCCAAACCAUCUAAGUCUGCGCUCUUUAACCUUGUCUUGAAAACAUCCAACUUUGACUGUUCCUCUAAUGAGCUCAUUUCUAAUCCCAGCCAACCUGUUCAAUCCAAGCAAGAACCUCGGCAUCUUCAUUUCUGCUACCUCCAGUUCUGCUUCCUGUUGUUUCUUCAGUGCCACCGUAUCUAAUCCUUACAUCAUGGCCGGCCUCACCGCUGUUUUAUAAACCUUGUCCUUCAGCCUAGUGGAGGCUCUUCUGUCGAAUCGAACAUCAGAGACCUUCCGCUACCUGUUCCACCCAGCAUGGACCCGUUUCUUCGCUUCUUUACCACACACUCCACAGCUCUGUAUUGUUGACCCCAAGUAUUUGAAGUCAUCCACCCUCGUUAUCUCUUCUCCUUGGAGCUUCACUCCUCCUCCUCCGUCCCUCACAUUCAUGCACAUAUAUUCUAUUGACGAGACAAAGAGCAGACUUUGAGGUAAGGGCAUUAAAGCAAAAUGGUGAUAUAGAUGCCAGUUUCCACAUUCUGAGAUGUGAAAAAGAAGUAGCAACAACGGAGGCUGAAGCUGCAGCGUAUGAAGAAGUGGCAAGUCAGGGCGGGGAGACAGACUUGGAAACCCCCAUUAAAGCUGAGCCCUUUAACGCUGCACAGCGCACCAGGGAAUAUGUCAAACAUCAAGGUGUGCUACUCAGACCCUUGAAAAGAAAUGACAAUGUAUUAGACAGGCAAGUUAUCAACCAACCUGUUGACCAAGUUAUAACUGCAACUCCACAAGCUCCGCCACCAAUGAACAGCAACAUCAAACAUCAACAAGUCCUAUGCUAGAGACUUGAAAGGUUUGGACCUUGGAACAGAUCCUCUCCCACUACAAAGAAGUUUAGGACUCUGUUGGAACCUACAAACUGACAGUUUUACCUACCUUGUAUCAAAUGAGACAAAACCAUUAACACGUCGGGUAGUACUGUCAACAGUCUGUAUGAACCCUUGGGUUUUGCUGCUCCCGUUGUCAUGCAAGGCAAGGCACUACUCCGAGAACUGUCAUAUGAAAAGAGAGACUGGAAUGCGCCUCUUCCUCCAGAAAAAAAAAGAGGAGAUGUGGGUCUAAUGGAAAGACUCGUUAAAAGCUCUUGACGAUCUACAAAUAUAAAGUCAAGCACAGUUUCUGGUCCAUCUGGAAACUUCUCCUCUGGACAGUUGUAUGGCAAACAAUGGAAACAUGUCCAACAGGAAGCAGAGGUUUUGGAAGAGGUGGAAAGGUGAAUAUUUGUCUACUCUGCAGAAUCGCACAAAAUGAACUGAAAACUGGACAAAUGUCAAAGAAGGAGAUGUUGUCCUUUUAAAGGAUGCUCAGGCACACAGGAAUGAAUGGCCGAUGCGACUGAUAGUGAAAACUCUACCCAGCAGUGACAAGAAAGUCUACAAAGUGGAAAUGCGGAUUGUUAAAGAAGGGAAUGUGAAGGUGUUCUUGAGAUCUAUUUCAGACAUUGUGGUUUUCCUUUCAGAGACUGGUUGAAUAUUCCUUGCAAUGUUUCAUGAAUAUGUUGGUAUUUUAAGUGGUAUGAUUAUCACAAGCGGGGAGUGUAAUGUCUUUUGAUGAAAGAUUUGUAUAUUUCGUAAGAUAAAAAAGUUGGUUAAAAAUAUGUUUAUUUCAUGAUGCGACGCGUUAAAAUGUUUUAAAAGAAAAUGCGUCAGAAUGAUACCUCUUGACCUGUGAGGAUCAUUCAGUUUCUUUGUGGAGUCAGUGCUUCGUAGUUAUAGAGGAUCUUUGACGUGUCUCCGGUGAGAAUAUGAGCAUGGCGGACAUUAAGUCUGAAGGCAACUCAUAACUACGUUGAAUGUGUUCUAAACGUUUGAACCUUGGGAAACCUUCGUCUUUGUAAGUAUUGUAUGUUCGCAGACAUUGGGUUGACGUCACAAUUGUGUUUUAUUUAAGAGCUCGAUGUAAACGAGUGAUUGUUGAUGCAGCUAUUGUUAUGUUGACCAUAAAUAAGAUAGCUACCUGUACUUUGCACAAUGGCACACAGUGCACAGUGUAAUAUAUAUUUUUCUGUAUCUUUCAGGUACAAAUUUGUUAAUUCAUUUACCAGAAGAAACCUCCAUAAAAGCAAGAAAAGAACGCCUUGUGUUUCUUCCAUUCCUCAACAGGUAAUGUGUCAGCCCAUUAUGAGACAGACAUCACUCCUGCUGGCUGGACUUUCUCCAUUUGGGGUGUUAUUUAUACCUGGCUCUCCUUAAUGGUCAUAUAUAUCACUUUAUAUGUGUUCAGAGGAUCAUGGGCUCAGUGUCUCCUGCCAUGCGCCUUUUAUGUCUUCUGGCUGUUCAGCAUGGUGCUAAAUAUGAUGUGGCUGCUCUUGUGGGAUAGAGAAAGGAUGCUGUCAGCACUGGUUUUAUUGAGCCUUAUUGUGAUUUCCAACUCCAGUGCCUUGAGUAUCUGUUGCUUUGCAACAGAUUUCUAUGGACUCUGGCUAAAGACAUACUAUCCCAAAGAUCUGACCUGUGUCAUAAUUUUGGUCCAUAAUGGUUUGGCUCUCUACACCACAUGGACAUCGAUUGCUUCGUUGAUCAACUUCACUUUAGUUCUUCAAUUGUGGGGUGUGGUCAGGAGCACAGCAGCAACAGUGUCCCUUUGCCUCCUCUUUGCAAAGCUCGUGGCAUGGUUUAUGCUUGAAAACUGGGUACUGGAUCGCUGGGUGCGCAACAUUAUGACGGUGUACCCUGUUGUGAUCGUGGCGCUGUUUGGAAAUGUUUGGAAACAUUUUGACCCAGUGGACCCCACCCCGAAUGCCAUCUUUAUGGUUAAUCUCCUGGUGUUGACAUGUAUCCUGCUGGUUUUCCGAGUCUGUAAUGUCAUCUGGAGAAACAGAAGGAGACCCCUCUUCUCCCCGGGCUCAGCACGGAUUCUGAUUUCACCCCUCGAUGGAAGCAAAUUUAAGAUGUUAUCCUAAAGAUGGAAUCUUCUGGUUUCCUUCAGACCUCGAGAGACAGACAACCCCUUUUUUGACAUACCAAUGAUACGCACCUCCAAUUAAAUAGCAUUCGCUUGACACAUCUUUGACUUCAAGAUCUUAUAACGGAAAAAACAGUGUCUUAAAAUGGGAUCACCAAGGAGGUGGAUAGUCAUAUUUUUUUUUAAUAAAGUUGGCAAAUACAUUUAAGUAAUAAGAUCAACAUGAUAGUAUUUUCUGACAAGCUGUUUGCCAAUGCUCAGAUUGCAUUACUACCACCAAAGUAUUUUUUAAAUGGUAUAUUUUGUCUUAAUCCAUUCCAAUUGUACAGUAUUGUUCUGAUUGAAAGUACUGUAACAUUGUGUCACUUGUAUCAUGCAAUACUCUUAUGAUCGGUACCCCAAUAAAAAAAGGAUCCCAGUA